UCCGGGGGUCUCCAAGCUCUUGCUCCAAAUAGACCCAGAUGGAGGGUCUAAUGGGCGCACUGAGCUAGGAGUCCAGUGACAUCGGCAAGACCUCCAACGUUUCGAGAAUUCUACCACUCGUGAGCACGUUUCUUUAAAAGUUUGAGGACUUAACUCUGGAAUUUGAGUUUGAGCCCAAAGCCUUUCAAAUUUUUGUGGUCAGCCUUUCUGCUUUCGUGAAUGGACCUGUUUCACACUUUGCCUCAACUUUUCCCACCGAUCUCCUCAAACCUGGACCUUUUCAGUCCAGACGAAGGAUUUCCUGGGACAUUCCAGACAAACCUGGACGGUUUAUUUUGACACAGCCUGGGAUAACCCCAUAGGAAACGGUCUGCCUUUCAUGGGAGUACUCACUUCCUGUGAAUGAGUUCAGCCUUCUCUGCAUGACCCAUUCUGGGACUGAGAAGAAUUUACCAGACUGGUAAAUGGCUCCUGGAGACUUAGUCUUUCAAUCCUGAUUCCUCAUACCUCUGCUUUUUUGGAAGAGAAGCAGAAAAUGACCAAGUCUCACGGUCCGUUGUCAUUUGAGGAUGUGGCUAUCGCUUUCACCAAGGAGGAGUGGCAGCAACUGGACCGCACUCAGAGGACCCUGUACAGAGAUGUGAUGCUGGAGAACUUCAGCCACCUGGUCUCAUUGGGGCAUCCAAUGUCCAAACCAGAUGUCAUCUCCAAGUUGGAACAAGGACAAGAGCCAUGGAUUGUAAAAAGAGAUAUACCAAGUUGGAUCUAUCCAGGUGAAAAGCUGGCAGAGAGGGAGACUAGACUUGAAAAUCCUCAGUUGGAUAUACCUGGAGGUGUUUCCUUCCAUAAGGAGAUAUUGGCAAAUGUGACAAGGGAGCAUUCAUUGUACUCCAUUUUUAAGGUCUGGCAGGGUGAUGACCAUCUGGAGAGAGAUGCGGAAAAUCAAGACAGACUUCUCAGGCAAGUCAUGGUCAUCAAAAACAAAACAGUUUCUGAAGAGUCAGGCUAUUCAUAUAAGACGUUAGGAAAAAUAUUUCAUGACUACGCAGACCUAGAUGCUUCAAGACAAGGACUGUAUGACCGUGAUUCAUUUGAAAAGAGCUUGAAACCUAAUGUAAAGUUAUUCAGUUGUAAUAGGAGUUAUGCAAGAAAAAACACUGAUGAGAAUUUUGGGUGUGGGAGUACACCUAUUUCUUCCUAUUCUAAGCAUGAAAAAAUUCAUAAUGGGGUGAAACACUGUGAAGAUCGUCAAUGUAGAAAGAUUAUCAGCAAUAAACAAUCUCUUAUUCAAUAUUUGAAUGUUGAAACUGGAGAGAAGACCUGUGUAUGCAUUGAAUGUGGAAAAUCUUUUCUAAAAAAGUCACAACUCAUAAUACAUCAAAGAAUUCAUACUGGAGAGAAACCAUAUGAUUGUGGUGCAUGUGGGAAAGCCUUCAGUGAGAAGUCACAUCUCAUUGUACAUCAGAGAACUCAUACUGGGGAGAAGCCUUAUGAAUGUUCUGAAUGUGGAAAAGCUUUCUCUCAAAAAUCAUCCCUCAUUAUACAUCAGAGAGUUCAUUCUGGGGAAAAACCAUAUGAAUGUAGUGAAUGUGGGAAAGCCUUCUCCCAGAAAUCCCCCCUCAUUAUACAUCAGAGAAUUCACACUGGAGAGAAACCUUACGAAUGUAAUCAAUGUGGGAAGGCCUUCUCCCAGAAGUCACAGCUGAUUAUACAUCAUAGAGCUCAUACUGGAGAGAAGCCAUAUGAAUGUACUGAAUGUGGGAAAGCCUUCUGUGAGAAGUCCCACCUCAUUAUACAUAAAAGAAUUCACACUGGGGAGAAACCCUACAAAUGUGCUCAAUGUGAGGAAGCCUUCAGCAGAAAGUCAGAACUCAUUAUACAUCAGAUAAUUCAUACUGGGGAGAAACCUUAUGAAUGUACUGAAUGUGGGAAGACCUUCUCCCGGAAGUCACAGCUUAUUAUACAUCAGAGAACACAUACUGGAGAGAAACCCUACAAAUGCAGCGAGUGUGGAAAAGCCUUCUGUCAGCAGUCACAUCUCAUUGGACAUCAGAGAAUUCACACAGGAGAAAAACCUUAUAUAUGCAGUGAAUGUGGGAAAGCCUUCUCUCAGAAGUCCCACCUCCCGGGGCAUCAGCGCAUUCAUACGGGAGAGAAACCUUACAUGUGUGCUGAGUGUGGAAAGGCCUUUUCCCAAAAGUCAGACCUUGUUGUACAUCGGAGAAUUCAUACUGGGGAGAAACCCUAUCAGUGUACUAUCUGUGGUAAAGCAUUCAUCCAGAAGUCACAACUCACUGUACACCAGAGAAUUCAUACAGUGGUAAAAUCAUAAGACUAUAUUAAGCACAGAUAAAGUCUUCUUCAGUAUUUUCUCAAGCCUUAAAAAUGACACAAAACCCAUGGAUUUCAAUGAGUUUGGGAACAUCUUUACUGAUAAAGUUCCUAAUGUAUUUAAUUUUUUUAUCAGCAAUAAUACAGACAUCUCAGUUAUAUAAAUAAUGGGUAUUUUCACUAUGACAUGUAAGACUUUUGAACUUGUGAACUGAAUGAUUAAUAUCACAAGUUACAUAUAUAGUUUAUUUUGAAGUUAUGUAUUUAUGUUAUAUAAUAAGAAUUGGAUAUGUGAUAAUAUUGUUAAUGUUAACUUAGCAUAAUUAUGGCUGUGCAGUAAUUCCCCACAGAGGACAUGAAGAAAGCUUGAGUCAGAAGAAGCCAUGACCUUGAAACUGAGCCUGGGGGAAGAAUUGAUUGUCAUUUCUAAAGGUACCUGUAAAAUUAUUCUUGUAGAUGGAUGGAAAGACGGGUUGAUAAGGUCUAAUAAAUGUAGUCUCUUUGGUUGUUUGUUUCAUUUCAAGAAUAUAAGUUGAUCUGUGUCCAUGGAUGGACCCAGGAUCUUGGAAUUGACACUUCUUGCUAUUUCUUUCUUUUACUCUUCCUGUCUAGGAGCUUGGCGUGUUGGAAAGACAUAGAUGGUCAUGGGUUUUAAUGCUUAUUCCACUACUCACUGAUUGUGUAACUUCAGGGAAACCUUUUUUCAGCCACAGUAUCCGUUCCCUCAUCUAUGUAUAAAAUUCUGGCAGAGAACAUGUUUUUAGUUCGUAUUUGUCCCCUUAUCUUCCGUCUCUGUUUUUUUGCAGGAGGUUGCUAAUACCCAGGUAUAUACCUUUAAAUUUGAUUUGCAUUCCAGACACUGUGUUUUUGAUUCCCUGAUUUCUUUUUCUUUUUUCCAUUAACACUGCUCUUGUGUCUGGUGGCCUAACUCAUACUGUUGUAGAGACCUCACUUUUUAUUUUAUUUUGCAAAUACAUGUAAGUUAUGGUGUUUGCACAUAAAGACCCUAUGUGAUACCAUCACAGAUCCUGUUUUACCCUUUCUCAGAAGCAUCCGUUCUUUUUCCUAAGAAUUGAAUGGCUCUCAGGGAAAAUUCCACAGGGAAUGUGGAAGACAUGCCUGGGGUAGCCUACAUGGGCAGGUAUGAAUCAGGACAUAAAAAUCCCACCUGCUAUCUCUAAAAUGUUUCUCAUUCUU